AGCAAUACUGUAAUGCUAAAGAACUUAAGUUUUAUAUAUAAUAUUUUAUAGUGACUUAUCCGAGAGUGAUUUAAUCAUGUAAGACUGUAAUCGUGCGCACAUCAGAGGAAAGAGUAGGGUUGUAAACAGGUAAACAGAAGCAGGUCAUGUGAUUUUGUUCGACAGCUGAUUGAUCAACAAAACAGUUCCUGGUGGUAUAUUAUAUCACGCAAAUUUCGUGGAGAAACACUGUUUUGUUGAUAGACCUAUAUCAUAUGUGCAGAGAAAAUAUGGCAGACUUUUGUGGGAUCUUUAUAACCAUCCUCUUUUCCACGGUUUCAGUAUAUGCCAGAGAAGAUUGGAGUCAUUUUACCUUUGCCCAGCAGUGGCCAGUUGCUGUUUGUGCAGAGCAUAAAGUUUGUGUAAUACCACCUACAGUGAAUGGUUGGGGUAUACAUGGUUUAUGGCCAACAGCAGACUCUAAAUCUAAAGGACCAGAAAAUUGUAACACCUCUUGGCCAUUUAAUUUUGAAAGGGUCAAGACGCUGUUGCCAGAUUUGAAGAAAUUUUGGCCAAACCUCUAUCCAGAUACAGGAGCAAACAGUUUCUGGGAACACGAGUGGUCAAAACAUGGAACCUGUGCUACCUCAUUACCUGCUACCUCUAAUGAACUCAAGUACUUCCAGAUGGGACUUAAACUACAUGCUCAAUACAACCUUACAAAAAUACUUCUGAACCAGGGAAUAAUAACAAGCAACACAGCUGGUUACAUGGCUAAUGAAACAGAAGCAGCUCUGAAGAGGGAACUAGGAGUGAACACAGUGGUGCAGUGUGUUUUUGACAAGGAAAAAACAAAGAAGCAGCUGCUGUAUGAAGUUGAAAUCUGUGUCAGCAAGGAUUUUAAAUUAAUAGACUGUCUCCAUGAUGAGUCUCAGAGCUCCUGUCCUAAAAAGGAACCAAUCUUUUACCCUCCUCUGCAUGACAAACAGUUUGGCAUUGGAGUCUCAGUUAUCUGAAUGGAUUAAGUCUGUAAAUGAGGGAAUCUCAGUGAUCUUUUCCAGUUAGUUUGCUCAAAUUCAUCAUUUUUCAAUUUUACUUGUAUGUCUUUUCCUAACUUUCAAUAUUAUUGCUUGUAAAAUGCCUGAAUUCUCUAAUUAGGUACACCUGUUUAUAUACAUGUAUUUCAGAACAGACUAUGCAAUUUUGAUCCCCUCUAAAUAUAAAAAAAUAUAUAUAUUGUAUAUGCAAUAUUUUGAUACUAAUGCAUUUUCCAUUAUUUGUUAUCUAAUGUAAGUAAUGUGUGUGUAUAAAAUGGGAAUAAGCAGCAGGCUGGGCCAAAAUGAGCCCUUUUCCUGAUCUUUUGAAGCUUUGUAUUUUCCAUGACUGUUUCUGGUUUCCAUUAUUAUUUUGAACUAUGGUAUUAAACUAUUAAUGUAUUGCAAGUUAAUCAGAUAUUUUUAUUUCUAUUUAUUUCUAAUUUAUCAGAUUUUCAUUUGUAUUUAUUGUGUGGUAAUGGUAUACACAGAAAUAUG